UGUCCCUGUUCUGUGAACUAUAAAACCAGUAUUGUUGUUGGCUCUUCCUCUCUCCCAUACAGAACUGCAUUGUUAAAAGAACCUUAAGCACUAAACGAGGGCGCAGCUCUAAACAUGGAGAGGAGCACAAUGGGAUGGGCGGCACAAGACGCGUCGGAAAUUCUCUCGCCUUAUACCUACACCCUUAGAAACACUGGAGCAGAGGACAUUUUCCUUAAAGCUCUCUAUUGUGGAGUUUGUCACACUGAUAUACACAAGACCAGAGGCCAAGGCAAUCACGUGACAAGCUACCCGAUGGUUUCCGGCCAUGAAGUGGUAGGUGAAGUGAUGGAAGUGGGUGCAGAUGCGACCAAGUUUAUUGUCGGAGACCAUGUUGGAGUCGGAUAUUUUGUCGGAAGCUGUGGUACAUGCCUGGCAUGCGAAAUGAGUCAAAUGCUCGGUUGCUUUCACUGGUGGUGCUUUUACUUGCAAGUGCUUUUACUUAAGGAUUGAAUCUCGUUUCUCUGAUUAUACAGAGAGAAGGUCCAUAGUGGGGAGCCUCACAGGGAGGGUGAAGGAAACAGAGGAGUUGCUUGAAUUCUGGAAAGAAAAGGGGUUGAGCUCAAUGAUUGAAAUAAUCAAGAUGGACUACAUCAACACAGCUAUCCAUAGGCUGGAACAGGCCGAUGUUAGAUACAGGUAGGCAGCUGUAAUAAUAAUAGAUACUCUAAUCAGUAUUUAUUGCAAGCUUAAAUAAUAAUAGGCACUCUAGUAAAUAAGGUGAAUGAAAGUUCGCGGUGGUGGUCAUUUUGUGUCCUGAACCUAAAUAAAUAAUGUACUUUCCAGAGUCCAGAUUGUUACGUUGAGGAAUGGAGAUUGUGGAAUCUAUCAAGCAUUUCAACAACUAAUAAAUAUGUGAUUGCAGUUAUUUGCUUAAAACCCUCCGGUUGAAUGCUUCGUUGCUUUCCGAAUACAAACUGUUAGCAAAUACACAGUGCAUCAUCCGCGGUAGAAAACUAUACGACAGUUAAGAAAUCCAGCUUUUACACCCGAUGCACCAAACUCAUUUCAAGUAGCUCCA